AUGUGCAAUGAUCAGAAACCUGUAUGCAAAGUAUUGCCAUCAACACGCCGCAACGCCGACAUCAAAAGCGGGGUGUUGCCAUCACACGAUCCGUACAUACCGCAAAAAUUUCAAAUAUUCUACAACUGCACAGGGCUAACGUGUGAAGUGAUGCACUUGACUUCGUUAACACAAAUAACAGAACCAAGUAUGGUAUUGAAAGGUUGUUACAAGGCUAAAGACAAAUUUGACUGUCAAAAUGUAAGAUACAAUCAUAUGAAGAACAUUGAUAAACUACUAUUUCUCAAUAGUAAUAUUAAUGAUAAAAGAUUUUACGGUGUUGAUUGUUUAGUUUAUGAUGACGGAGGCAAAGUGUGUCAUAGCAAGGAUGAUACCAAUGAUAUACAUGUAAAACUAAUUGACACCGGAGCAAUAGUUAGGCCGAACGAGACGAAUAUUCUGUCACAAGAUGAGUUUAUUUGCGAGGAGAGUAUAGAAGGAUAUGUCAAUUGUGAUGCGAAUUCGUUCAUAUCGUUCAAUGACAAACUCGUGUUGCGAGAAGCGGUGAUGACAGAUGCGAAAGUGCUGUUGAAGACUGGCAAUUUUGUGGUGCCGCUGCAGAAGAAUUGCAUUCUGAAUUGGUGUGGUUAUAGCGGCCUUAUAAUCAAGUCGGCUCGGAGAGCGAGAUAUGAACCGCCAGGUGGAAAGGUAUACCGAUGUUAUUAUGCCAAUAAACAGCAAAUUUGCAAGAGGAUACCCAACAGGAACUUAUAUUUGGACAGGAAUGCUGAUGACAUAUACAAUUUUCAGGCUGGUUAGCCUUCCGUUCGGUCUUUAUAAAU